AUGACAAACCUCCGCUUUCUGCAUAUUUUCGUUACCCUUUGUCUACUCGCAAUUGGAGCAAAUGCCUUCUCAAUAAACCGAAUUGAGAAUCGUGCCGCUGAUACAUCCUGUGCUAAGACGCCAAACACAAGCAACCCAGAUGAUGACUCCAACAAUAAGAAUGUGAAGAUCAACUACUCCACCCAAGAGGGCGAGACAUGUACUCAGGAGCAGAAAGGAGAAAUUGAAACCGAGUUCCGAAAUGCCAUUGCAAUGGUCAACUCUGCGAAGGCCGAUUGGAGCAAGGACGGCUAUGAGGAUAUCUUCUUCGCCAAAACAGCUCAAAAAAUGCCCAAAUACAAGGAGACAGUACAUGACACGCUGACCCGCAUCACCGAAAUGCUUGAUGGAACCGUUAACGCCAAGGAUUAUACACUUACGGUUACCUGCGCUGGGAAGGCCAAGUCUUGUGCAAAAUUUGUUGCUUUCAUGAAACAAGCGGACAAGACUCAUGGUACUCUCAAUGUCUGCGAUCACUUCUUCGAUAAGAAUAUCGACCGCAAGCAGGAGCGAUACGUUGAUACGACCGAUAAUCGUCUUGAGCAGUGCGAAAAUGGUUCACUCGACCUUCGUGAUGCCCAGCGCUCACGUGCUGGUGUCCUUGUCCACGAGUCUAUCCACACGUCUUAUGCGAUGGGUGGCCCUGAUCCGGGUGAGGAUAUAGCUUAUGGCCUCGAUGCCGCUCGCCUGCUUGCCAUGGGCACCUUUGACCGACGUUGUGGUAAUGGACCGGCUAUGCGCGCGCUGACAAGUAACAAGCCACUGUGCGGGAAAACGCCUCAGGAUCCCAAGACUGAAGAUGGCCUGUGUAAGUCAGAGCUCUGUAUGCAGAAUCCAGAUUCUUGGUCUUUCGUGGCAACCGGUAUCUGGUUCAGUGAGCAGUGCAAAAAGAAAAUUCAACUGCCCCAGGAAGAUGGCGGAAAGACCAACGCUGGUAUUUCUUCCAAGGGCAAGCCCAACGACAACAGUGCCGAGUCGCACUGCAAUGGGUACAGCACUGGUGUUGCAGACUUCCCAUUUGAUUAA